AUGGGUGUAGUCACAGGCGACAUGCUUGUUAACGGAAAGUUCAGAGAUGAAUCCUUCCAGCGCAAGACCGGUUAUGUCCAGCAACAAGAUCUUCAUCUUCCAACAUCGACCGUCCGCGAAGCUCUAACCUUCAGUGCUCUUCUUCGUCAACCACCGCGGUACAGUCGGGAGGAAAAGAUUGCAUACGUGGACACUGUCAUCGGUCUGUUGAGCAUGGAGGACUAUGCUGAUGCGGUUAUUGGCAUCCCGGGAGAAGGUCUCAAUGUUGAACAGCGCAAACGCUUAACGAUCGGUGUGGAACUCGCUGCGCGCCCUCAACUUCUUUUGUUCUUCGACGAGCCAACUUCGGGAUUGGAUAGUCAGACGUCGUGGUCUAUCUGCAACCUGAUGGAAAAGCUGACUCAAAACGGUCAAGCAAUCCUUUGCACUAUCCACCAGCCCUCUGCUAUGUUAUUCCAGAGAUUUGAUCGUCUUUUGCUCCUCUCCAAGGGAAAGACGAUAUAUUUCGGUGAUAUUGGUGACGGUUCUCGCACUCUGGUUGACUACUUCACUCGAAAUGGAGCGCACAGUCUUCCUGCGGGAUCCAACCCAGCUGAGUAUAUGCUCCAUGUUAUUGGCGCGGCACCAGGUUCAACCACCGAUAUUGACUGGCCUGCGGUUUGGCGCGAGAGUCCCGAGUAUCAGCAUGUUCAGGAAGAGCUUGGCAAGCUGGCUUCCUUGAACAAUACAGCUGCGACUAACCAGGAUAGUUCCAUCUACACAGAGUUUGCAGCUUCUCCCAUCGAGCAGUAUCGUCAAGUUAUCAAGCGAGUCUUUGAACAGUAUUGGCGUAGCCCUGGAUAUAUCUACGCCAAGGUUUUGCUGUCCCUCGGUUCGUCUCUCUUUACCGGUCUAUCGUUCUUGAAUGGCGACAAUACGCAGCGUGGUCUUACGAACCAGAUGUUCGGCAUCUUUAUGUUCCUCAGCUUGUUCCCUAAUCUGGUUAACCAGAUCAUGCCGAUUUUCGCCAAUCAGCGAACCAUGUAUGAAGCCCCUGCAAACAUCUUGGUUGAACUAGUUUGGAAUUCUAUCAUGUCGAUCUUUGCCUAUAUCUGUUUCUAUUAUCCUAUCGGUUUGUAUAAGAAUGCCGAAUGGACUGAUGCUGUCCACUCCCGCGGAUUUACCAUGUUUUUGCAUCUUUGGAUCUUCUUUAUGUACACUAGUACAUUCGCGCACAUGUUGAUUGCUGGUCUGCCAACUGCUGAUAUCGCUGGAGGCGCUGGUAAUCUUCUUCUGAUCAUGAUGUUCACAUUUUGCGGUGUCCUAGCAGGACCAAAUGCUCUUCCCGGCUUCUGGAUCUUCAUGUACCGCGUCAACCCCUUCACGUACAUUAUCGAGAGUUUCAUGGGUACUUCACUCGGAAAUGCUCCUAUGUACUGCGCCUCCAACGAAUUUGUCCGCUUCACUGCUCCCAAUGGCUCAACCCGUGGUGAAUACGCAUCUGCCUACAUCGACCAAGCAGGAGGCUAUCUCUCUGAUCUCGGGGCUACAGACUGCGAAUACUGCGCCGUAUCUGAUACCAACCAAUUCCUAAAGUCUGUCAGUAUCAGCUAUGGAAACCGAUGGAGAGACUUUGGGAUCAUGUGGGUGUUUUGCAUCUUCAACCUCUGCAUGGCUUUCUUGUUUUACUGGCUUGCAAGGGUUCCAAAGAAUAAAAAGGCGAAGAGGAACCUGACCGUGGUUCCCAUCUGA